AUUUAGAGAAAAAAACACUCUUUGCCCCGCCCCCCUUAAUGUCAUUUCGUCAUGUUCGUCAGACAACUGUCAGUUGCAAAAACAGUUAUUUAAUUCUCUGUUGGAUAUUUAAGCAUUGCAAAUAUUAAUGAAACACCAGGUUCAUUUGACAAUAAUGUAACAUAACCUAAAAUAAGACUAAAAAUGGCAAAUACAGGAGUGUUGCCUUUUGUGCGAGGCGUAGACUUUACUCGCAAUGACUUUAGCGGCGAAAAGUUUCCUGAAGCUGUGAGUUCCAUGACAGGAGUGCAAUGGCUCAAAUUAGACCGGACGAAUUUGACCGAAAUUCCCAAAGAAAUGGGAGAUUUACUCAAAUUGGAACAUUUAUCUUUAACGAGAAACCAACUAGAGAAACUUUACGGCGAGUUAACAGAACUGAACUGUUUACGUACUCUGAACUUGAGACACAAUAAAGUCAAAAGCUCAGGAAUACCUUCCGAAUUGUUCCAUUUAGAGGAGCUAAGUACACUUGAUUUGAGUCACAAUAAUCUAAAAGAAGUGCCUGAAGGGCUGGAUCGUGCAAAGUCACUUUUGGUGCUUAAUUUAAGUCACAAUCACAUUGACUCGAUUCCUAACACUUUGUUUAUAAACUUGACCGAUUUGUUGUUCCUGGAUUUGAGUAACAAUAAUUUGGAGACGCUUCCCCCUCAAACUAGAAGACUGGCAAAUUUACAAUCGCUCAUUUUGAAUAAUAAUCCCCUGGGUCAUUUCCAACUCAGACAGUUACCAUCUUUAAUUAAUUUAGAGACACUGCACAUGAGAAAUACUCAACGCAAUUUGAGUAAUUUUCCCACAAACUUGGAAAAUCUGAUACUUUUGACUGACAUUGAUUUGGCCCAAAAUGCCCUACCCAAAAUCCCUGACGCUCUAUAUUCCCUUCCUAAUUUAAAACGCCUCAAUAUGAGCGAGAACGAAAUCACUGAAUUAUCCACAGCUAUGGAACUUUGGCAAAAACUCGAAACCUUGAACCUCUCACAUAAUAAACUAAUUUGUUUACCGGCAUCUCUGUGUAAAAUAUCAACCUUGAGACGGCUUUAUGUCAACGAUAAUCAGCUGGAUUUCGAAGGGAUUCCGUCAGGAAUCGGCAAAUUAGGGAGUUUGGAAAUUUUUUCAGCCGCCAAUAAUCAAUUAGAGAUGAUCCCUGAGGGUUUGUGCCGGUGUGGAUCAUUAAAAAAGCUCAAUUUAAGCUCAAAUCGAUUAAUUACGUUGCCGGAUACCAUUCAUCUGAUUAAUGAUUUAGUGGCUGUUGAUUUGCGGAACAAUCCGGAUUUGAUAAUGCCCCCAAAGCCUAUCGAAAUGACACGUGGAGCAGGAUUGGAAUUCUACAAUAUUGAUUUUUCGUUGCAAAAUCAGUUACGGCUUGCAGGGGCCAACGUACCGGCUCCAAUGCCGGCCCAAAACCCUAGUAAAGACCCCAUUGCAAGGAAAAUGCGUCUACGACGCGGCAGGAGAGAUCAUGAAGAGGCCGAUCAAGACCAGGCCAAAAUUUUAAAAGGAAUGAAAGAUAUUGCAAAAGAAAAAAACCUGAGUAUGCAAGCUGAUGAUCCAAAAGCCGAGUCUUUGAAGCCCAAACGUUGGGAUGAGACUUUGGAAAAACCUCCACUUGAUUACUCCGAAUUUUUUGAAGAUGAUGCAGGCCAAGUUCCAGGUUUGACGAUUUGGGAAAUUGAGAAUUUCCUGCCAAAUAGAAUUGAUGAGGUGGCGUAUGGGAAAUUCUACGAAGGUGAUUGUUAUAUUGUUUUGAAGACAACUCAAGAAGAAAAUGAACAGUUGAAUUGGGCAAUUUAUUUUUGGAUUGGCGAAAAAGCACCAUUGGACAAAAGGGCGUGUUCGGCCAUCCACGCCGUCAAUUUACGUAAUUAUCUUGGCGCCCAAUGUCGCACAAUCCGCGAAGAACAAGGUGACGAAUCCGAAGAAUUCCUAAACCUUUUUGACACCCAAAUCACAUACAUCGAAGGUGGCCGCACUUGUAGCGGAUUUUUCACAGUCGAAGAUAAUAUAUUUGAAACGCGAUUCUACCGCAGCCACAUUGCUGGUCCCACAAUACACCUCGAACCUGUGGCCCUUUGUGUAGAAUCGUUAGACCCCGGAUACGUUUUUAUCCUUGACACCGGAAUGAAAAUAUUUAUUUGGAACGGCAAGAAGGCCAAAAAUACCUUAAAAUCGAAAUCGAGACUCAUGUGUGAGAAAAUUAAUAAAAAUGAACGGAAAAAUAAAGCCGAGUUGAUUACGGAAACUAUGGGGAGUGAGAGUAAGGAGUUUUGGUUGACGUUGGGCGAACCUGAAGGAGUACCACCCGAGGAGCCGUUACAGGAGCAUGUUGGUGAUUUUAUUCCGGUUCCCCCACGAUUGUACCAAGUUCAACUGGGCAUGGGUUAUUUGGAGUUGCCUCAAGUCGAGGUGCCUCACGGUAAACUUGUCAACACUUUACUCAACAGCAAAAAUGUCUACAUUUUGGAUUGUUAUUUGGACGUUUUUGUGUGGAUUGGUAAAAAAUCGACAAGACUUGUCAACGCCGCUGCUGUUAAAUUAUGUGAAGAACUUUUCAACAUGAUUGAUCGGCCCGAUUAUGCAAUGGUGACACGAGUUAGAGAGGGCACUGAGCCUCAGAUAUUUAAAUGCAAAUUCGCGGGUUGGGACGAAGUCAUCGCAGUGGACUUCACACGAACGGCCGAGUCUGUCCAAAAAACCGGCGCCGAUUUGACGAAAUGGGCUCGUCAGCAGGAAACAAAACACGAUCUGACUGCUCUCUUCACCCCCCGACAGCCCCCAAUGCCUCUCACAGAAGCCCAACAGUUGAUGGAAGAAUGGAACGAGGAUUUGGAAGUCAUGGAAGCGCUGGUCCUCGAAGGUAAAAAAUUCGUGCGACUUCCCGAAGAUGAGUUGGGGCAUUUCUACUCGAUGGAUUGUUAUGUGUUCUUGUGCCGCUAUUGGAUGCCCAUCGAUGAUGAUAGUGACGGGGGUGAACCAACGAAUGACGGCGAUGACUUCCAUUGUGUUGUUUAUUUCUGGCAAGGGCGCGAGGCGUCAAAUAUGGGCUGGUUGACUUUCACUUUCACCCUCCAGAAGAAAUUCAAAAUGUUGUUUAAUGAUAAGUUGGAGGUGGUGAGGACUUACCAACAGCAAGAAAAUAUGAAAUUCAUGGCGCACUUUAAACGGAAGUUUAUCAUACAUCAAGGGAAGCGUAAGCAGAGGGAUAAGAACGCGGUGGAAUUUUACCAUUUGAGGUCGAAUGGGAGUGCCUUGUACACGAGACUCGUGCAAAUUAAACCGGAUGCUUCGUCACUUAAUUCUGCAUUUUGUUAUAUCCUCAAUGUUCCAUUUGAACAAGAAGACGAAGCUGGGAUUGUUUACGUCUGGAUUGGGUCAAAAGCAGACCCAGACGAAGCUCGUCUGAUCCAAGAAAUUGCCGAAGAGAUGUUCAACAGCCCUUGGGUGAGUCUCCAAGUGCUAGCAGAGGGAGAAGAACCGGAUAAUUUCUUUUGGGUCGGCCUCGGCGGAAAGAAGCCCUACGACACCGACGCCACCUUUAUGGAAUAUACAAGACUUUUCAGAUGUUCGAACGAAAAAGGGUAUUUCGUGGUGUCAGAGAAGUGUUCCGAUUUUUGCCAGGAUGAUUUAGCCGACGAUGAUAUCAUGAUCCUUGAUAAUGGGGAACAGGUCUUUUUGUGGCUUGGAGCCAAGUGCAGCGAAGUUGAAAUCAAAUUGGCCUACAAGUCGGCACAGGUUUAUAUCCAACACAUGAGAGUGAAACAACCAGACCGCCCUAGAAAGCUAUUUUUAACGCUGAAAAAUAAGGAGUCGAGGCGGUUCUACAAAUGUUUCCACGGAUGGGGGGCUCACAAAAAACCACCAGAAUAACGUGCCAAAAUUUAUUUAAAAAAAAAUCACAGUAUUAACAGAGACGGAGCUCAACUGUGGACAUUCUACUAACUUUAUUAUACAUGUUACACUAACUUAUUGAACAAUCUAGAUAAAUAAAUAGGUUUUAACAA